AUGGAUCCGCCAUUGUUGACCCUGUCCGUCGCGGUCAUCUUCGUUUUGUGCUCCGUGAUCGUCGAGUCGCAGCGAAUUGUGGAUCGGCCGCCGCCGCUGGUGUUCUCACCGCGGCCUCCGCCGUCUCCGCCCUUAUUUCCGUCGCGUCCGCUCCGACCACCGCCACCCCCUCGGCGGCACACGCGCCUCCAUCUGCCGCCACCUCCUCGGCGGCGCACGCGACUCCAUCUGCCGCCGCCGCCGCCCCACAGGCGGCACGAUCCCCAAAUGAAACCGCCCCCACCGCGGAGAAAGCCGGACCUCAACUUGGGGAAGAAGAUCGGGCUGACGUUCAUAGGAGUUGCGAUGGUGCUCCAAGUCUGCGUUGUUGGCUUCUUGCUUAUAAGCAGACGGAGAUUUUUGAAGCACGAAAACCUUCGCUAA